AUGCAGCCAUGGGGAGAAGCAACCGCGGCGGAGCUAAGCGCUGCUGCGGCGUACCACCAGUUGAUCCAGCAGCAGCAACAGUCAUUGUUGCAUCGACUCCACCAGGCGUCCUCUGUCGCCCCAUUAGAAUGCAAGCAGGAUCUGUGUGGGGAAAAUGCCGCAGGCGAUGUUCCGGGCGACGAUGCGGCGAGCGGCGAUGGCGCCCGGUCGGGCGGGGAAGAGAAAAUGGCAGCACUCGGUCAGUGGGCAGUAGCCGCCCACGCCACAGCCGCGGAUGCCACGGGGAAGGAGCCCAGAAGAAUUACGGGAUAUCGCGGGGAGGCCGUGCGGAGCCUGCUGCUGCGACGCCCCCUAACAAACUCGCGGCCUCAGCACACCGCGCAUCACAGGCAGGAGCAAGCAGAGGAGGAUGUCCAUCACAGUGGCCAUGAACUGCGUCGCAAACGGCAAAGUGUGGAUUUCCUCUUGCAGCAUCUACCCGACGUGUGCUCAAUUAUCACUGCUAGUGCCUCAGAGAGUCUUCAAUAG